AUGGACAUCGUGAAGGAGAACCCGUUUGUUUUGGGAGUGACGUGCUUUUCGUCGCUGGGUGGACUGCUGUUUGGAUACGACCAGGGCGUUGUGUCUGGGAUUAUCACGAUGGAGAACUUCGCCGUCAGGUUUCCGAGGGUGUAUAUGGACUCGGAUUAUAAAGGGUGGUUUGUCUCUACUUUUCUUCUCUGUGCAUGGUUCGGUUCUCUAAUCAACGGUCAAAUCACCGACCGCAUGGGCCGCAAAAAUUCAAUGAUUGUCGCAGUCGUGAUCUUCCUCCUCGGCUCCUCUCUUCAAACCACAGCUCUUUCUAUCCCGAUGAUCUUUGCCGGUCGCGCCGUGGCGGGUUUGUCGGUCGGCAUGCUGACUAUGGUCGUGCCGCUUUACAUGGCCGAGAUCUCUCCUGCGGAGAUUAGAGGAUCUCUGGUGGUUCUCCAGCAGCUCUCAAUUACGAUCGGAAUCUUGCUCGCCUUCUGGAUCGACUACGGCGCAAACUACAUCGGCGGCACACGCUGCUGGCCCGAUCAACCUUACGCCAACGGCGUCUCGUUCAAUCCCUACACCGACGUCGGCGACGGCCCAUGCCAGCAGUCUUCGGCCGCUUGGCGGGUUCCGUUUGGGCUCCAGUUGCUUCCCGCGCUGGUCCUUGGUGUAGGAAUGCUGUUCAUGCCGUACUCGCCUCGCUGGCUUGUGAUGCGCGGUCGCGACGCCGAAGCGCGCGAGGCGCUGUGCCGGAUCCGCAGACGCGCGGAGGAUGACCCGGUUAUAAUUGAAGAGUUCAUUGGAAUCAAAGCCGAGGUGCUGUUUGAGCACUCCCAGCACGAAGAAAAGUACGGGUCCGCGACCGGAGCCAAGCUUGAAUGGGCGCAGUACCGCGAAAUUGUGUCGAAUCCUUCGUCGUUCAGACGCGUGUUUAUCGGCUCUGCGGUUAUGUUUUUCCAGCAGUUUAUGGGAUGCAAUGCGCUGAUAUAUUAUGCGCCGACGAUAUUUGCGCAGCUGGGUCUGGACUCGAAUACAAACUCGCUGCUGGCGACGGGAGUCUAUGGAAUCAUCAACUGUCUGGCUACGUUCAUUGCUCUCGCGCUGAUCGACAAGAUCGGAAGACGUGUGCUGCUGAUGGUCGGCGCGAUCGGGACCAUGAUCUCUCUGCUUUUCGUAGCAGGAAUUGUCGGAUCUUACCAGGCAAGCCUACCUAUGCAUCCAGUCGCAGGGUGGGCGAGCGUUGUCUUUAUCUACCUUUACGAUGUGAACUUUGCCUAUUCCUGGGCACCUAUCGGCUGGGUUCUUCCCUCGGAGAUCUUCCCUCUCGCCAUCAGAUCCAAAGGUAUCUCAAUCACCACGUCCGCGACCUGGAUGUGCAACUUCAUCAUCGGCCUCGUGUCGCCGCGCAUGCUGGAGUCAAUCACCUACGGCACGUACAUCUUCUUCGCCAUCUUCUGCCUCCUAGCAUUCUUCUUCACGCUCUUCGUCAUCCCCGAGACGCGCGGCAAGUCGCUCGAGGAAAUGGACCUCGCGUUCAACGACAACACCGCGCACGAAGACAAGCAGCGUAUUAUCAUGAUCACGAGUACGUUGGAGGAAGAGUUCUUUGGCGACGAAGGACGACGGCAUGCGUCUGGAAGCUCGACGCCUAGGUCGGAGGAUUUCGAGCUGCAGUUUCGGGAGAACGCGUGA